AUUUUUAUUUUGAAUUUUUUAAGGUGUAUGAAUGAUUUGAUGUUUCAAGGUUUCGGGCUGUUAGUUUAAAGUGGGUAACCUUCAGUAAAUUUGAAAUUAUUGUGCAACGACCAGUUUCUUCACAAAAUGAAUUUAUUUUCAAGAAUCCGCGUUGCAAAGAGCUAUAAUGAAUGUUUUCUAAAUGUGUCUCAACGUUUUUGAAAAAAGUAUUCCGUGUGAUUUUUAUGAUCAUCCUCAAAAUGUGCAGUGGUGUAGGUAGCGACAGUGAUCAAUUUUUAUAUACUUUUAAGGCCUUUCAGUUCGAUAAGAUCAUACCUAGCGCAGGUUCCAAACAACCCGUUCCUCGUAGUGGACACAGAAUUGGAGCAGACUCUUCCAACUUCUAUUCGUUUGGAGGUUAUAACCCGUUGGUAAGGGGCGAAGUUGAGCAAAAUGACGACGAUGACUUCUGGGUACAAUCUUUUCCUCUGUUCCAAGAAUUAUGGAAAUUCAACUUUGCUUCCAAGAGAUGGACAAGAUUCAGAAACAGUGAAUCGCUUCCCAUGGAAUUAGCAUCUAAUGCACUCAUUCUACAUGGGAAUAUCUUGAUGGUAUAUAUUUGCGUUUAUGGAGGAACAGGUUCACCAUUUGGAAUCAGAUCCAGCAACCAACUUUAUGUUUGUAAAGUAACUGAACCAAAUGGUUUAAUGGUCGAAGUGCAUACUACAGGACAGCUACCUUUGCCGUUAUAUGGACAGGCUGUUGUUUUGCACAAUGAUUACUUGUAUACCAUUGGCGGUACAACAGGACUAUCAUAUACAUGUGAUAUUCAUAGAUUGAAUUUGAAAACCAUGAACUGGGAAGUAACUUACCUUUGUAAUGGGCGAGGGGAAUAUGAACCGAAAGGACGUUAUAGACACGAGGUUGGUUUUGAUGGUCGAAAUAUCUAUGUGUUUGGUGGAGGUACUACUGAUGAAGCCUAUGGUUUCGAAUAUAUACCUACAUUUGAUACACAUUCAUCUGUUUGGUUCAGACAGAAUACAUUAAGGGAUAGUAGAAAAGGUUAUCCAAAACCUAGACGCUGCCACGGAGCGGUUCAGGUUGAAAUCAACCACGGGGUACAGGUAUUUAUAACUGGGGGACAUGACGGUGAAAAUAUUUUCAAUGAUUUGUGGAGAUUGGAUCUGAAAUCGUACCAGUGGACAUAUUUCUCAAACUGCCAACUUCCUCAACCUACAUACUUUCAUGCUACCGCUGUCACUCCCGAGGGCAAGCUCUAUGUAUUUGGGGGUAACUACAGCAUUGAAGAUGACGUGAGGAGAAGUAGUGCUGUAUAUUCUACGUGGCUGUGUAUACCAAAACUGAGUGAAAUUUGUUGGGAGGCUGUUUUACAUUACAGUCCACACAUCACUGAAUGUGACAGCAAUGAUUUGAUAAAUAUCGGUUUGCCAAGACAUUUUGUGCUAAGAUUAGGCAACGUUAAUAAAUAAUGUGCAUGUAAAUGUGUUUUGAUACAAGUGUUGCGAAACCUUUAUUAGAAAUAUAAUAUAUGAAUUGAUG